CCAAUAGAAUCUUCGCUCUUAUCGUCAUUAUAAUCAUUAUUGUCAGCGUCAAUAUAUCGAGGAAUUUUUAAAAAAAUGAUAAACGGCCUUUCAUAUGGAUACAUCAUCCCGAAUGAGUGGGCCGAUCAUGCAAUCGGCCUAAUAUGGCGGAUGAUUCUACCAUUCCUCCGGGAUAUAAUUGCAAGAGGACAGCAGCUGAAUGGAGCAACGAUAACAGCGUUCGGUGUGCCCACAAUUUUGAGAGUGUGGAACGCUCGGUUGUGUUGGUUUUUUUCAAGACCGGGGGAUCUGAUACUAUCACCACACCACUAUAGAUUUAGUCCAAAUUUAUUGGCGGAGCAGUUCCCAGAAUUCCAAAGAGUAUAUGGAAUCGAACUUCCACCACUUUCUUUGACGGAAGCUCUAAAUGACGUGGUUUUGCUGAACCUAACUUACAGCGUCCUGAUGCCGCAAAGUUGGAUAGAUCAAAAUUUGACUGAUGAGAUCCCCAAUGAAAUCAAUGCUGUCCUUGAACCAGGUGUUGAUGAUCCUAGUGGUGUCAUUUUCACGCUUGGAGGGAUCACCGUCGAAUUGGGUGUGUUCCCUGAGGCGAUGUGCUGGUGGUUCCGAGACGCCAAUGAUGAUACAACAUAUUUUGAAAGUGCAAACAUGCACACUCAGGGCCCUGUGGCUAACAAUGACCCUCUUCAAAUAUAUUGGCCUGAUGAUAACGAUAGUAGCGAUAAUAAUAUUGACGAUCCGACACCGGAUCCAUCAUCGUCAUCAUCAGAUGAUGAUUAA